UGAAAUUCAGUGAAACCAUGCAAGCGCACGGAGAACAUUGAUCAUAUACGCAAGCACUGUGUGUCACUGAGCUGCCAGUAUCCAUUAAGCAUUGGAGUCCCUUCUUGCGGAUAAUCUUUGCAUAAUAUUUGCUGGGUUCUUCAUGACCACCUCGGUGCUCGUCAAUUAAAAUAAUUAAGCCGCUAGCCCACGCUCCAUAGCAAUGCAAUACUCCCGCCGCACCGGGUCGCUUUCUUUGCAUUCAUCACUUAAACCCUGUCCCGCCCGGUUGCUAUAGAUCUGCAGUUUGUUUACUUCCGGUCAGAUUCUAGUCAGACGGACGACUUCCGGUAUCUCCUUGUUGUGUGAAUACGGGGCUGCUAAGCAAGCUGUGUCUCGUAGUAGAAGAACCGGGGUGAUGGCAACAGAGGAGGUGGAAGAUCAAGUACCUGAUUCGGGUGCUUUAUUUACAUUUGGAAAAAGUAAGUUUGCAGAAAACAUUCCAAGCAAGUUCUGGUUAAAAAAUGAUAAGCCAGCUCACAUAUCAUGUGGGGAUGAACACACUGUGUUGGUAACAGGAAAUGGAAAACUCUAUGUGUUUGGAAGUAACAACUGGGGACAACUGGGUUUAGAAGCUGGAAGUGCUAUCAGCAAGCCAACCUGUGUAAAAGCACUAAAAUCUGAAAAGGUUGUGUUUGCUUCAUGUGGAAGAAAUCACACAUUGCUAUACACAGAACAAGGAAAGUUGUAUUCCUCAGGUGGGAAUAGUGAGGGACAGCUUGGCCUAGGGGACACAUCAGGAAGGACUAGUUUUCAAGAAAUUUCUUUUUUUAAUACUCAAUAUAAAAUUAAACAACUCUCAGCUGGCUCAAAUACAUCAGCAGCUCUUACUGUGGAUGGGAAACUUUUUAUGUGGGGAGACAACUCAGAAGGUCAACUGGGCUUGGAGAAAGAAGCAAUCUACAGUACUCCUCAAAAAAUCGAUAUUGGAAAACCCAUCUCUUGGAUUUCCUGUGGCUAUUACCAUUCAGCCUUUGUAACGCAAGAUGGGGAAUUAUAUACCUUUGGAGAACCUGAAAAUGGAAAACUCGGUCUCCCCUCCGAUAAGCUAAAAAAACAUAAAAAACCUCAGCGUGUUUCAGGACUGUCUGGAAAAGUGAAAAUAGUGUCCUGUGGUGGGGAACACACUAUAGCAGUAACGGAAAAAGAAGUAUACACCUUUGGCCUUGGCCAGUUUGGGCAGCUUGGGCACGGCACAUUUAUUUUUGAAACCCAGUUACCAAAAGCAGUAGAUGUACUAACAAAGAAGACAAUUCUAUAUGUUACUUGUGGAGAAAACCACACAGCAGUAAUUACAGACAAGGGACUUCUCUAUACAUUUGGAGAUGGGAGGCAUGGCAAGCUUGGAUUAGGGGAGGAGAAUUUCACCAAUCAGUUUGUACCUAUCCUGUGUUCGAAUUUUCUAAAGUUUACAGUGCAGUCGGUGGCCUGUGGUGGAUGCCAUAUGCUAGUCUUUGCAACUCCAAGGCCUAAGGAAUCAGAGAUGAUGAUCAAUGACGAAUUAAAGGAAAAUCAUUUUGUAGUUCCUUCUCUGAAUGGUGAUCCUGAAAUGUCUACAUCAUUGCAAAGAUCUCAUUCUGCACGCCUUCGAAGAAGAGAGAAGGAGACAUCACCUGAACAAUUUCGUGGCCUGAAUAGAACGUUACCACCUUUGAGAAAUCAUUACCUUAACUCCUCUUUACCUGCUACAAACAAAACCGUUCCUCCACAGUUACUUCAAGUGAGUGAAUCCAAUUCCAAGUCAUCCAAAGGAACCCACUUACAUGAUCUAACACCGGACUCUAUUACUGAUGCGGCAGACAACAAGGAAAACAUUGUUCAAAGCUUUUCUGCGAAUGAUACUGAUAGCGACAGUCAACCUGAUGGAUUUGGUGAUACUCCUGAUGUCUUAAACAUGACACAUGCAAUGAGCAUUAAUCCUGCUAACAAAACCAUAAGCUUCUCACCAGUACAGAAAAGAAAAGAACAGGCAGAGGAGUCUGAAGAGGAAGAUAACAGUUCUGAAGGCUUAGAAGAGGAUGAUCAGGACCAUGUUGAAAAACAAGUGUUGGAAAAAGAGCUGGAAGAAGAUGAGCCUGAAGAAGUGUCAGAAGAAGAGGACGAAGAUGAUACCAAAAGUGAAAAUAAUAAAGUUAAACCCUCUGAAAACAGAGCUGCCGCCACAUUGGUGAAGACGGCUGUUGAGAGCAAAGUCGAUAAUGAGAGUGAACAACCCAAGAGUGUGAAUGGCAUUGGUUCAACAGAAAACAGUGCCACCAAACCAACUCUGUUUGAGAAAACGAAAAGGCUAUCCAUUUUCAAAAGACUUUCUACAGCAAGCCAAAAAUCUCUGCAAGAGAGCAAAGAAGAGUCAGAUGCCGUGAAAGAAGACACAAGUACAAACAAUGAAAGCCUCAAACAGCCAGUUAAAGACAAAGAUGCAAAAGAUGAAAAUCAAAACCACAAGCAGGAGAAUUCUAAAGAGACUGAGCAGUCAAACCAGGACUCUACAGAAACUGCACAAGGCAGAAGAUCAAAGUCAUCCACAUGCACAUUAUUAUGAGAAGCAAAACUUUGAGAAAUGGAUACAGCCCACGAUACUGAAAAGCA